GGGAGCAGGGCCAUGGAGAAGCUGCGGCGAGUCCUGAGCGGCCAGGACGACGAGGAGCAGGGCCUCACCGCGCAGGUCCUGGACGCCUCGUCCCUCAGUUUCAACACCAGGCUGAAGUGGUUUGCCAUAUGCUUCGUCAGCGGUGUCUUCUUCUCUAUUCUUGGAACUGGAUUGCUGUGGCUUCCGGGUGGCAUAAAGCUUUUUGCGGUGUUUUAUACCCUUGGAAAUAUUGCUGCCUUAGCCAGUACGUGCUUUUUAAUGGGACCCGUGAAACAACUGAAGAAAAUGCUUGAAACAACGAGAUUGCUUGCAACGAUUGUUAUGCUUUUGUGUUUCAUACUUACCCUGUGCGCUGCUCUUUGGUGGCAUAAGAAGGGGCUGGCCUUAUUAUUCUGCAUAUUGCAGUUCUUGUCAAUGACCUGGUAUAGUCUGUCAUACAUCCCGUAUGCAAGGGAUGCGGUAAUUAAAUGCUGUUCUUCUUUCCUGAGUUAAAAAUCAGAAACUCUUUGAAAAGACCAUUUGAAAGCUGAUGUUCUGUUUUUGGUGAAGUAUACUUUUCCUGAUACAGUAAUCACUCCAAAAAAACAACUGCACUGACCAUUUAAGACCAUUUUGUAUACUGAUAAAAACUACAUGCUAAUUAAACUGUUAAAUGCUUGUGACGUUAAAUUCAUUUUGUGUCAUUAAGAUGCUCUUCCAGAGAUAAGGAGAUUUUAAUCAUUGCCAAUUGUAAAUGAUUUUUAGCCAGUUUUUUAAUCUUUUCUAAACAGCAUCUGAGAUGUGUAUAUUUAAGGGUAAACCUAUGCUGCAAGAUAUAUUCAGCUUUUUUGGUGGUUUUAAAAUGUC